CAAGCUCAUUUUCAUCGUUCCGCGAACUUGUUCAUGUUCACUGCUUACUGAACAAACCAAGCACACUUUUGCUCCUCGAAAACAUAAAUAUAAAAAAUAUUUAUAUUUGAAUAAUUUAAGUAAUAUACAUUAAAAAGCAAUGGCUGGCAAGCGACAAGCGACAUCGCAUUUGGACCACGAGAACUGGGAGCAAGAAGACGAGCCCGAAGAGCGAGGCACAUUCAAAACGGCGCCGCCAGAAGAAUUAAGAGCACGCGUUAUCAAGAAGGCCACAAGGCGCCAGCCGGCAACCGGCGCAACCAAAGAGGGCGAUGUCGUCGACACUCCGCGUAAAAGUGUUUUUAGUGGAUUUUCAGGUUUUGGCAAGCCGGCAACUGCCAGCGCAACUGCCGGCAACGCAGCCGGUUCGCCCUUUGCAUUUCUAUCCAAACUACCGGCAGUGACUGCCCCGGCAACGGAUGCUGACUGCUUUGCGAAGCCCAGCAGCAGCACGGAUGUGAAACGUACGCCGCCAGCGAAAAUGUUCUCGUUGGACGCAAAUUUCCGGAAUGAUUUCAAGACAAACAAUGCCAAUGCUGGAACAGCAUCAUCGACAGCAACAACAACCACAACGACAAGCACAUCAAUAUUUGGCAAUACUUCAGCAUCAGCUGGUGGCAAUAGUACCGCAAAGUCACCCAAGACGUACGUUCCUAUGUUUAAGUCGUCGGUGGUAUCCGUGGAUCAGUCAGCGACAAAUAGUAAUCUAUCACGCUAUUCGGCCGAGUAUCCCGAUGAGGUGGGCGCAUUGAAUAUGGCCAUUGUCAAAUUCCUGCAAGAGAGCGUGGACAAGAAUCAAUAUUGCAUACUGACGCCCGUAUUCGACAGCUACGACAAAUUCUUGAAGAAGCUGCAAGAGAAGUAUGAUCGCAAGCCCAGCACCACUACAAUGUUUGCGUCCACCGUCACAGUUCCAACAUCUUCAACUGCUCCACCAGCUGCCAGCUUCAAACUUGGCACAGCCAGCACUACGGGCGAAAAAACUGCACUUUCUGCGCCUGCUGCGGGCUUCUCCUUUAGCAUACCCAGCACUUCCGCUUCCGAUAAAAGUGCAUCUUCUUCACCUGCUGCUGGCUUCAUGUUUGGUAAACCCAGCAGCACGGCUGCAAGUGCCACGGAAAAAGCUGCACCCGCUGUGGGCUUCUCCUUUGGCAUUUCAAGCACCACCACCAACACCACCGAAAAAGCUUCAUCGUCCUUGAGUGCUGCACCCGGCGGUUUCUCGUUCCUUAAGCCAAGCACUCCCAUUUCCACGACCAGUUCUAGCGACACCGCUUCACCGUCUCUGAUCUUUGAUAAGAAACCAAAUUCCACCGCCACCACUAGUGGCACCACAUCGACCAUUACAACGCCACUCUUUUCCCUUGGUCCUGUACAAACGGCAAACGUAUCACCGACCAAAACGGAGGCAACAUCGAGCACAGCUUCGGGAGCCAGCAUUUUCAGUCUGGGUGCUAAAUCGGACAGCAAUAAGGAUCAGCUGCCAAAGCCGAGCUUCUUCUUCGGUGUCAAUAAUAGUGGUGCAGCUGCGGCCACCUCGUCGCCAAAAACAAAUGGUUUCAUCUUUGGCCUAAAGGGCACGGAUGAUAAGCCGAGCACAUCGGGUUUUACGGGUUUCGGAAAGGCGGACACCGCCGCCGGCGAGACCAAGUCGCCCGCCUCCAGCGGUUUCUCCUUUGCAAGUGCUGCAUCAACAUUUUCGUUUGGUAAUGUCAAACCGCCGACGGCUGCCGAAAUUCAAGCCGCCGAAAAGGAAGAAGAAGAGGAUAGUCCACCGGUGGUGCAGUUCAAGCAGGUGGUUGAGGACGAUGCCAUAUUCUCGAAACGCUGCAAGGUGUUUGUGAAAAAGGGUGCAGACUACACUGAUCGCGGUGUGGGCACGCUGUAUUUGAAGCCCGUCAAGGAUACAAAGAAGACACAGCUGCUGGUGCGUGCCGAUACCAAUCUGGGCAACAUCUUGGUUAAUCUUAUACUCAGCGAGGGAUUGCCCUGCCAGCGCAUGGGCAAAAACAAUGUUAUGAUGGUCUGCCUGCCCACGCCCGAGGAGGCCAAGCCAUUGUCCAUGUUACUGCGCGUGAAGACCGCCGAAGAGGCCGAUGAUCUAUUGCAGCAAAUCAAGAAGCAUACAGUCUGAACAACAUUCGCUCGACGAGUGCCUUGCAGCUCGUCCAUUUAUGUUAUUUGAUCGUUUAUAUCAACAAAUUAUGAAAAAUAAAUAAACACAUGAAAAUGUA